ACCAAAGCUUCAUCCCUCUUGGCGCAUCCUCGCAAUCCCCGUCUACGCAAAGUGGGCUUCUGGGAGAGCUGUAGAAUGGCGGUCUUGAGGGAUGAAGAUUGCGGCUCACUACGGGCGCCGAGUUGAAGCAAACAUCGUGGGCUCCAACCUGUCUUCUUUCCAUUCGCUCUCAAUUGGCGAACGAAGGAGAGAAGAGGGGAGAGCCAGCGUCUUGUGGAGAUGAAGCUGAGAUUGUACCGUGAUUACUCGAUCAAGUUAAUGCUUGCGUGGGAAACGUGCUGCCGCUCCGAUCAAACCCCUUUCUAUCCCAACCCCUUUACUUCCCCCAACUCUAGCGAUAUUGACAGUCUAAACUCUACAGCUCUCGGAUCCGGAAUUCUCUUCUCUUACCCUCAGCUCGCCACGCUCGCUGGCGUCCAGGGUGUGAUGGUAUACGCACUGUCCUCUGCCUUGCCGCUACUGGUAUUCUCUUCGCUGGGGCCUGUCAUCCGACGCAAGUGCCCUGAAGGCUUUGUCCUCACCGAAUGGACGCGGCAACGAUACGGGACUAUAGCUGCCUUGUACCUCAGCUUUAUGACCCUUGUAACCCUAUUUCUGUACAUGGUCGCCGAGCUGUCUGCCAUUGGCCAGGUCGCCGGUCUUCUUACAGGCAUGGACGGGCUUCCCGUUCUCAUCGUGGAGUGCAUUGUAACGACUAUCUACACUUCACUCGGGGGCUUCAAGAUAUCAUUUUUUACGGACAACAUCCAAGGAGCGAUGGUUAUCGGGCUCAUCAUCAUCGCCACCAUUGCUAUUGGCGUCGAGACUAAGAUCGACACGAGUCUCAUCGAGUCCUCUGGACUGACAAAGCCGACCCUGCUUGGCUGGCAGCUACUCUACAUUCUUCCGGUCGCCAUCUUGACGAAUGACUUUUUCUUGUCUAGCUUCUGGCUUAGAACAUUCGCUUCUAAAACAGACAAGGACCUUUGGAUUGGCGUCUCUAUCGCAGUUGUAGUCAUCCUCAUAAUCGCAGUACUUGUCGGAUGUACCGGCCUCAUUGCUGCAUGGGCAGGUAUCUGGCCCGGGGACCCUGACAAUCCGGUGGACGGAUCUGUCGCUUUCUUCGCGCUUCUGGAACAGCUCCCAACCUGGGUAGUUGGCGUCGUGCUUGUCAUGUCAGUCACGCUCAGCACGGCUGCCUUUGACUCGCUGCAGUCGGCCAUGGUGUCAUCGGCCUCCAAUGACAUCUUUCGAAACCGACUCAACGUCUGGUGGAUCCGCGGCGGCGUUGUGUUGAUCAUGAUCCCCGUUGUCGUCAUUGCAAUCCGCGCCCCGUCCAUUCUGCAAAUUUUCCUCAUCUCGGACCUUGUCUCGGCUGCCGUGAUUCCCGUCCUGGUUAUUGGGCUGUCAGACGCCUGCUACUGGUGGCGCGGCUUUGAGGUUGUCGUCGGUGGGCUAGGCGGCAUCCUGACCGUCUUUAUCUUCGGUACCAUCUACUACGGCAACGCUCUCGAAGGCGCCCAGCUGAUUCUUUUGGAGCAAGGCCUGUAUGGAGAGGGCUGGGGCGCAUUCGGCGCAUUCGUUGCGGCUCCCGUGGGUGGGCUGCUCUGGGGCUUUGGCGCGUUGGCCCUGCGUCUCAUUGUCCAGUUUCUGGUUUCCAAAAAGACGGGCCGCAGAUUCGAUGCUCUUGACCGCCCGGUUCAAUUGCCUGGAGAGCAAGGCGGAUCAGGCGUCGGUAACGAAAAUCUGGUGGACGAGGUUGACGAUGGCUCCGAUGCACCUGGUCUCGCCAAAGGCUCUGGAAAGUUUUUCUGAAACGUAUACUCUAUUACGAGAGAUUGUACGAGAGAUGAUGACAGCGGCGAAUCCUGUUUCGCCGUUUUUGAUAUUGGAAGGAUGAACAGCUGAUUUUCUCGCUCCCUCACGACUUCGAUCAUCAUUUCACCAUCACAAACUUCCUUGCCCCUAUUACCACCAAAUGCACCAGAAAAACAGGGUUCUUUUCGCUACAUUCAUUCAUUAAACCCCUGACGUAACGUUGGCAACACACGAAAUUGGAAUUUGCUAGCAUAACGAACGGCCUCUAUUUUCGGGCAGUCUCUGCUUUUUUGCCUCGGGGCGUACCUUAGCUAUUGCGGAGUCGAUAAUAUAUA